AUGUCCGCCCCGGAGGUUCAGCACAAGAUCUUGAAUGCCACUUUCAAGGGCUGUCAAAGCGAUGACGGAGGUAUUCCCGUCCACAAAUUCUUAGGCAUCAAAUAUGCCAGCGUGCCGGCGCGAUUUGAGAGGGCGCUUGCCGUAGAUAGUUUUGCUGGCGCCACCGUGGACGCUACGAAAUACGGGCCGAGAUGUCCUCAAGUCGACAUAGAUGUCCGUCAUCUACUACGCAUUCCCGAGGACUUUGCCAUUGCCCCGGAGGCAGAGGAUGAAUUUGAAUGCUUGAAUCUUGAGAUUACUUGCCCUCCAGUGUCCUCGGUUACUGGGCCCCUCCCAGUGCUUGUUUGGAUUCAUGGUGGCUCUCAGGUUGUCACCUUCUGCUCGGCUCAAUCCAAGAUCUGUGAUCCGACAAAGCUUGUUGCGGACUCCAUUAAAGCGGGAAAGCCGAUUAUCUUUGUAUCAAUCAACUAUCGCCUCAACAUUUUCAGCUUCGGGGACGGUAAAGAGAAGAACUUGGCUCUCAAGGACCAGCAGCUUGGUAUUGACUGGGUGCGCAAGAAUAUCGCAUCUUUUGGUGGUGACCCUGAGAAUAUUACCCUCUCUGGUGAGAGCGCGGGUGCAAUUUAUACUCAUGCGCACCUGAUUACUGGACCGCCUGUAAAGCGGGCAAUUCUUGCAUCGGGCACUUUGUACCUGUCCUCGCCACUACCCGUGGAGCGAGGUAACGGUUUGAUCAAGGCCCUUGAAGCAAAGGUUCAAGAACUGGGCCAGGCUUCACUUCGGGAAUCAUCUGUCCCAGUCCUGAUUCAGGCAUUGAAAGACUGUAAUGUCAAUACAAUGUGGAUUCAGGAAGAACUCGAGCUAGAGAAUUGGGAAACUAAAGAGGAGCAAGUGGACGAGCUUAUGAUCGGAGAUACAGAAUAUGAGUCCGUGAUCUGGCGAAAUGGCGUUGAGCUUUUUGAUGGCGAGACUAUUGCCGCGGCUUUCGACAGUGACAAGCAGUGGGGUACCAAGCUUCGCAAACUAUACCAAGUCGUGGGCGAUCGUCCUACGGCUGCAAAGCUUGGUGCUCUGGAUCUUGUCAACGAUGCGCGCUACACGCUGCCCGUCGAACUCGUUGCCAAUAAGCUCGAGGUGGCCAACAAGAAUGUCUACAAGUAUGUUGUUGACCAGACCAAUCCCUGGCAGCCAUCGAGUCGAUCCCAUCAUGCGGUUGAUCUGCUAUUCCUUUUUGAUGGCGUCGACCUGUCCUUCAAUCCUGCUGCACAGGCAGUUGGAAAGGAAAUGCGCAAUCGCUGGAUCCAAUUUGUCUCCGGUGAAAGCCCUUGGUCUGAGGAGUCUCGCUUUGCGUAUGGACCUUUUGGCGAAUGCAAGGAGAUCGACGCGAUGCAGUUUGCUGCACGACGACGAGUUGAGCACUGCAAGGUGCUGCAAGAGGUCGGCAUUGGCACCUACAUGCCCAUUAUUGCUUCUUUGACUGCUGGGCGUAUUAGCCUGCUCAACUAG